AUGGCUACAUACAGGGAGUACCAGUACCGAGUCGUAACCAUUGAAAACAAGACAUCCACCUCCCAACCUCUCACACCAUCCAACUCCACUCCUGCUACCUCCGGUCCCCCCGCUACCCCCACUACUUCCUGUGUGUGUAAUAUCUCCACUUCCUGUUCCUCUCCGACCAAGCCCGAGUCUCUGCCACCUGCGCUGGGUGUUGUCAAGGUCAACUGGGAAAUAAAGUCCUGUAAGGGGGACAUACACCUGUCUCUCCUCUUGUCCCAUUCCUUUCCACUCUGCUUUAACAGUAGGGCCAAUCUUAGCCUUGAACUGGCAGAGUUGUGUGAGAGGAAUGGCUGCGAGGGCUCCGCAAAGUGGACUGAGACCCCUGCUAGCUCUGAGGGUUACCAGAUCGAUAGGGAUGGAAGGGUUACCAAUAACUUCUGUACAACACUGGGGAUCCAAUGCAAAGUCGUCCCAGAUCAGUUAGUGGGCUAUAAGGUGGUGACUGGACUGCUGUGUGUUCUGGUGCUGGUGGUGCUGAUGGUGCGUUUCGGGCAGCCCUCCUUCAAGGCCCUCCGUAAGAGACUGUCAGACAAGAGACAGAGUCGGUGGAUCGGACCUACGCAGAGCCAAAGUGUCUCCUACCAUAGAGGGAAGGCUGGACUCCAACUUAACGACAACACAGACAAGAGACACUCCUACCCUGGAUUGGAGAGGCUGACGGUGAACACCAGCCGAGAGCCGUCGUCUAACAGAAACAGUGAUUAUGACUCUUAUAACUUGUGAUCAUCAUCAUCAUCAGUCAUGUUCUCCAUCCUCUAUGACAAAAUAAUGUACAUGUGUUUUUUAUAUUUUUUUUAUAUUUUUUUAUGCUAAAUGUAAUAUUUUUUUAUGCACAUAAUAUC